CCUCACUCCCUCUCUCCCCCUGCUUCCAGUCUGCAUGCUUGGCCUCCCCGCUGAAGAAGUGGCUGGACCCAAAACCUCACCCAUCCCUUCUCUCCAGAGAUGCUGCUGCCGGCCCCGCUGAGUGACUCCAGCAUUGUGUGUGUGUGUUCAGUGUAAACCAGCAUCUAGCAGCACCCACCCCCCGCCUCAGUGACUGGACUCCGGGCCAAGGAACACACAUUCACCGGGGGAGAGAGAGGGGAGCGCCGAUGCCCGGCUUUGUCACCAGCUGUGACAAGUGAGUGGAGCUGGGCGCCUGUGGUCGAUGCGAUGGGUGAAGCAGUGAAUGAGACUGUGGACGUGUCGGGCUGGCUGUCUCUGGGCAACAACUCAUCGCUGGAGCUGCAGUCGCGGCUGCUGCAGCAGGAGCGGGAGCGGCAGGGUCAGGGUCAGGGUCAGUGGCAGGGUCAGUGGCAGGCGGCAGACCCCUGGCAUGUCAUGCUGUGUAUCUCGGGCUCGGUCAUCGCCUGCGAGAACGCGCUGGUGCUCACCAUCAUCGCCCACAGCCCUGCCUUACGGACGCCCAUGUUCCAGCUGAUCGGGAGCCUGGCCACCGCCGACCUUCUGGCCGGACUCGGGCUGGUCUUCAACUUCUUCUUCCGCUACCUGGCCCGCUGGCAGACGGCCGACCUGAUCACCGUCGGCUUCCUGGUCGGCUCCUUCUCCGCCUCCGUCAACAGCCUGCUGGUCAUAACCAUCGACCGCUACCUGUCCCUGUACAAUGCCCUCACCUACUACAGCGAGAGGACAGUGGUCUACAUCCACACCAUGCUGGCGGUGGCCUGGGGUAUCUCCAUCUGCUUGGGUCUGCUCCCCAUACUGGGUUGGAACUGUCUCAGCGACCAGUCCACCUGCAGCAUCAUCAGGCCUCUGACCAAGGCCAACCUGACUGUCCUCUCCAUCUCCUUCCUGGUCAACUUUGGCCUCAUGCUCCACCUGUACGUCAGGAUCUGCAAGAUAGUGUGCCGCCACGCUCACCAGAUCGCCCUCCAGCAACACUUCUUCGCCACCUCUUGCGCCAUGAGCACCAAGAAGAGCGUCUCCACCCUGGCCAUCGUUGUGGGCACCUUUGGCACCAGUUGGCUCCCCUUCGCCAUCUACUGCCUGGUUGGCGACCAGGACUAUCCGGCGGUCUACACCUACGCCACGCUCCUCCCGGUCACCUACAAUUCCAUGAUCAACCCCAUCAUCUACGCCUUCAAGAACCAGGAGAUACAGAAAGCCACGUGGCUCCUCUUGUGUGGAUGCUUCCAGUCCAAUACAUCCUUCCACUCCAGGUCGCCCAGCGAGGUCUAGACUCUUCUGGGAUUUCAUAGGAUGUGGCCCUUGUGGCUAAAGGGGUCAGGGGGGUAUGGAGAGAAGGCAGGUACGGGAUACUGAGUUGGAUGAUCAGCCAUGAUCAUAUUGAAUGGCGGUGCAGGCUCGAAGGGCCGAAUGGCCUACUCCUGCACCUAUUUUCUAUGUUUCUAUCUUUCUAUGAACCCGAGGGUUAACUUCUUAGAAUGAAGGGGAGGUCAUUUAAGACUGAGGUGAGAAAAAAACUUUUUCACCCAGAGAGUUGUGAGUUUGUGGAAUUCCCUGCCACAGAGGGCAGUGGAGGCCAAGUCACUGGAUGGAUUUAAGAGAGAGUUAGAUAGAGCUCUAGGGGCUAGUGGAGACGAGGGAUAUGGGGAGAAGGCAGGCACGGGUUAUUGAUAGGGGACGAUCAGCCAUGAUCGCAAUGAAUGGCGGUGCUGGCUCGAAGGGCCGAAUGGCCUCCUCCUGCACCUAUUUUCUAUGUUUCUUCACACAACGGGUGCUGGGUGUAUGGAACAAGCUGCCAGAGGAGGUAGUUGAGGCUGGGACUAUCACAACCUUUAAGACAUAAACAGACAGGUCCAUGGAUAGGACAAGGGAUAUGGGGAGAAGGCAGGAACGGGGUACUGAUUGGGGAUGAUCAGCCAUGGUCACAUUGAAUGGCGGUGCUGGCUCGAAGGGCCGAAUGGCCUCCUCCUGCACCUAUUGUCUAUUGUCUAUUGUCUUUCCAGAGCUGCUUCUUGAACCGGCCAGACGAUCGGCGGGUGCUUUAAUGACCAAACGGGCCUUUGUAGAAAGAAUGCACACGGCCAUCUUAGCGACCCACCGCGGAAAAUCAAGUUCGAUCCCGGUGAAUGCCUGGCCACUGUUCAAUGUGACAAAGAAAUUAGAUUUCACGUUGGAGUAACUGCCCAGUGUUGAAUAUUUGGAGACAAUCUUCGUGACUAGUGCAGGUGUCAGCGGUUCAUAAGUGAUAGGAGCAGAAUUAGGCCAAUCGGCCCGUCAAGUCUACUCAACAAUCUAUCUAUCUCUGCCUUAAAACAGGUGAACCUGCGGAAUUCUUUGCCACCGACUUGGCCUCCACAGACGUCUGUGGCAAAGAAUUCCACAGGUUCACCACCCUCUGACGAACGAAAUUUCUCCUCUUCUCCGUCCGAAAUGAAAAUCCUUUAAUUCUGAGGCUCUGACCUCUGAUCCUAGACUCUCCCACUAGUGGAAACAUCCUCCCCACAUCCACUCUAUCCAGGGCUUUCACUAUUUGGUGAGUUUCAAUGAGGUCCUUCCCCCUCAUCCUUCUAAACUCCAGCGAGUACAGGCCCAGUGCCGUCAAACGCUCAUCAUAGGUUAACCCACUCAUUCCUGAGAUCAUUCUUGUAAACCUCCUCUGGACCCUCUCCAGAGCCGGCACAUCCUUCCCCAGAUAUCGGUUUAUGGGGAGAAGGCAGGAGAAUGGGGUUCGGUGGGAGAGAUGGAUCCACCAUGAUUGAAUGGUGGAGUAGACUCGAUGGGCCGAAUGGCCUAAUUCUGCUCCUAUCACUUAUGAACGAAUACCAAAGACUGCAGCCGUGGAAUCUUGAGCGAAACACCAAGUGCUGGAGGAAGUCAGCGAGUCAGGCAGCAUCUGUGGAGGGCACCCCUCAGACCAUUCCCUCCACAGAUGCUGCCCGACCCGCUGAGUUCCUCCUGCACUUGGUGAUGUACAGAAUAUUUCACCAUGACUCUUGUCUCGCCUGUAGAGACCCGUGUAGGGAGGGAUCUAGGAAGGGUGUCAAAGGUUAUGGGGAGAAGGCAGGAGAAUGGGGUUGAGAGGGGAAGAUAGAUCAGCCACGAUUGAAGGGCAGAGAAGACUCAAUGGGCUGAAUGGCCUAAUUCUGCUCCUAUGACUUAAUGGACCAUUAAUGACUCUUAUGCCUUAAGCCCAAAUCACCCCGGGAAGCGACAAACAACGAAGGGUGGAGACGAAUACACAAGGAACUGGAGAUCAUGGUCUCUUGAGGAAAACUCGUACAAAGUUCUGCAGGAACUCAGCGGGUCAGGCAGCAUCUGUGGAGGGAAUGGACAGGCGACCCUUCUUCAGACUGAUGAACGUGGGUGACUCCGGGACACUGCUUCUCAAUCCAACCAGUGUGAUAUUUAACACCAGGGAACCUCUUUAAAGGAAGUUUCGAGACUUCGGACGUCACUGUCUGUUGAAUAACGCGAGAAGUAUUGAAACGAACAAGCACUUUAUAGGUGAAUUUCCUGACCGGUCUCCGGCAGCGGGGAAGUGUACGGCGACCUGCAACAUAUUCUAUUUUUGUGUAUUGAUUGUAUUAAUGUCGUGAAUUCAGAUGCAUAUUUUGUUUACUGUGGGGAAAAAAAAUAAAGGUUUUUUUUGUACACGAACUGUACACAAAUAUUAGAAGGCCGACGGCUCGUUAUGUUUCAUUUAGUUUCGUUCAGAGUUACAGUGCGGAAACAGGCCCUUCGGCCCACUGAGUCAGUGCCGACCAGCGAUCCCCGCACAUGGUAUAAGCAGAGCUGCCAAUUUUUGUCAGAGCAUUUCAGUAUUCUAGUUGUACAUGGAAAUCAGUAUUUUGCUGAGGAAAUCAGUAUUUUUACGUGGUGCUAAUUUGCUGAAUUUUUUUAAAUUUUUUAUGUGCAGUCCUACCCAUGUAAGGGUACAAGAAUGCAUAACCUUGCUACCAAUUGACAUGCCUUCUACACACCUUACUUGGCAGUGUGUGGGACCUUAUUUGUCACACGUACCGAGGUUUGCAUGCAGUUCAGUACAAGUAUCAUUGCACACAAGCAUAGAAACAUAGAAAUUAGGUGCAGGAGUAGGCCAUUCGGCCCUUCGAGCCUGCACCGCCAUUCAAUAUGAUCAUGGCUGAUCAUCCAACUCAGUAUCCUGUACCUGCCUUCUCUCCAUACCCUCUGAUCCCCUUAGCCACAAGGGCUACAUCUAACUCCCUGUUAAAUAUAACCAAUGAACUGGCCUCGACUACCCUCUGUGGCAGAGAGUUCCAGAGACUCGCCACUCUCUGUGUGAAAAAAGUUCUUCUCAUCUCAGUUUUAAAAGAUUUCCCCCUUAUCCUUAAGCUGUGACCCCUUGUCCUGGACUUCCCCAACAUCGGGAGCAAUCUUCCUGCAUCUAGCUUGUCCAACCCCUUAAGAAUUUUGUAAGUUUCUAUGAGAUCCUCUCUCAGUCUCCUAAAUUCUAGAGAGUAUAAACCAAGUCUAUCCAGUCUUUCUUCAUAAGACAGUCCUGACAUCCCAGGAAUCAGUCUGGUGAACCUUCUCUGCACUCCCUCUAUGGCAAGAAUGUCCUUCCUCAGAUUUGGAGACCAAAACUGUACGCAAUACUCCAGGUGUGGUCUCACCAAGACCCUGUACAACUGUAGUAGAACCUACCUGCUCCUAUACUCAAAUACUUUUGCUAUGAAAGCUAACAUACCAUUCGCUUUCUUCACUGCCUGCUGCACCUGCAUGCCUACUUUCAAUGACUGGUGUACCAUGACACCCAGGUCUCGCUGCAUCUCCCCUUUUCCUAGUCGGCCACCAUUUAGAUAAUAGUCUGCUUUCCUGUUUUUGCCACCAAAAUGCAUAACCUCACAUUUAUCCACAUUAUACUUAGACGCAUCUUAAAUAAGCAUCUCAGAUACAGGACAAGCGUGUAGCAGUAGAUUGACACAAAAAGCUGGAGUAAUUCAGCGGGACAGGCAGCAUCUCUGGAGUGAAGGAAUAGGUGACGUUUCGGGUCGAGACCCAUCUUCAGGUAAUUUAUUUUUAUGUUUAGAGGGGGUGAGGUUGGUGUGGGUGAGGGUAGUGGAAAAGUUGAGACAGUUGAUGUCACGCUGGAAGUUAGAAAUAAAGAGGUCUAGAGAGGAAUUCUCUGCC